UGGAUUUCUUAAUAGAGUUUUCAUUCUAUGCACCUGCUUCAAUCUUCUUGAACCUGCAUCUCUGAUGUUGAUCAUCAUAUUUCACAAAAAAAGAAAAAAGAAAAUUCUUUCUUUCUUUCUUUCUUUCUCCUGAUGGAUUUUCCCAUGACCUUGUACUCAGUUUUCUAUUCUAGUUAAGCAAGAAAGGCCAUGGAUUUAUGGAUAGUUGCAGCAACUGCUGGUGCAGGAUAUGUAGCUAAAGCAAAUUACUUGAAAAAUUCUACAUCAAGAAUAUCAGAUAGCUCAUUGAAGACACAUUCUUGUGAGCUUCACAGCCAUUCUCAUCCAUGGAACUUGCUGCAGCAAAUUCGUGACAGAACUUGCCCCUUAUGCAGACUUGCCUCUCUUUCAGAAACAUCUGCAAAUUUUUCUGUAAAGAGAGAUUACACAACAGCUGCAAGAAUCAAAGGUGAACUGCAGUUGCAGACUUAUGAGAAUGAUAGAUUCUUCAACUUAUCUAAUGAAUUAUUGCCUGAAUUUGUAAUGCAAGAAGUGGGUUUUUUUCAAAGAUUACCAAUAGAUUGGCAACUGAGGGGAAGACUUGAUGGGUAUGUCCUGAAACAACAAAAGCUUUUGGAGUGUUGUCAUACUGCUGAAUUGUGCAGGGAACCCAGCAGAUUAGAGAAGUGUGUGUGUAAUUCACUUCCAUCAGCAGAAACUUACAUGGAGAUGGAAUUAGAAACACAAACUCAACAGUUGAUUCCAAGAAAAUCGAAGCAACAUAGUGAAAUGGGACAGACUAGAUUGAGCAGGUCAAGAAAUCUUCAAGGGUUUUCCAGUGAUGGUAUGCUUUUCUUCUUCUUGGGAAUAACUCUAGGCAUGAUGUCAAACAGUGGUGAUAAUAGAAAAGAAGUAGACAAUUUACAUGAACUGCUGCAGCAGACUGAGAACUUAGUUCAUGAAUUACACGACGAACUCGAAACAAAAGAUCAGUUAACUUGGAAAAACAUUGGUUCCAAGGCCAAUGGAGAUUCCUCAUAUAUCACACCUAAUGCAUCUUCCCAAACCCAGGAAUCAAAUAAAUCUGCAAAAUUUGACAGCAAAGAACUAGAGGAUGAGAAGAUGAAGAACUCUGAAGCAAUGAGUAGAAUUGAGGCAGAGCUUGAAGCUGAACUAGAGAGAUUGGAACUAAACAUGAAAGGAUCUAGCUUGGGGAGUGCUUACAAUUUCUUUCAGAAGGAUUCUAACCUUGAAGAUUUUCAUUUAGACAAGGUGAAUGAGCAACCCUACAAUUUAUCUGAAUCAGAUAAUGACUUAAGUGGAACAUCCUCUGCUCACACUCGAGCAGCAACUGGUGCUGUGUCCCCUCAGGAUCUGAGCUUGCGUCUUCAUGGUGUAAUUCAAUCAAGGCUCAGAGAACGCAUAACAGAACUAGAGGCAGCACUGGAGAACACCCAGAAGAGGCUUCGUGCCAUUGCCAUGGAAUCUGAUAGAACCAUAAUCUCUUCAAGGGACUUGUAUUGGAAAGAGAAACAAUCAUCUGCACAGAUUGGCAUGAAUUUCACAGAUCAAGUUAGUGACAUUGAUGAAGCUUCAUAAGAGUAUAGUGAAGGUUACGAGGAGAGUGUUAAGAGUGGGGAAGCAGAUGAAGCAGCUGCUCCACUAGAUAUUUAAUAUGAGAUUGAUAAAUGAGAAACAGAAGCAUUCUUCAGAAUAGUAGAGAAAUAUUUUCAAAGAAGCUGAUCCAUUGAAAGAUCAGAGCUUGUGAAGAACAAGUUAAAAUUUUUAUUUUAAUUAUUAUGUAUAGCUGUAUAAGAAAUUGGAGGGUUUUCUCAGGAAAAAAA